UCCUUAUUUUUUGAUGGCGUUGUGAUGUAUUUCAUAUGCAGCUUAUCUUGAUAAAUGGUAUAUUUGCUCUAGGUUGUCAUUAGAAUGCGUGAUCAUUGAAGUUGGCCAACUUCCCGACGUCGAUUUGCUGUGACUGCAAACUAGUUGUCUACAAGUUUCAAAUGGCUGGGCAACGGCAUUAAAGUCAUCCAAAAUGAAGGGAUAGAUAUCUAGCCAAGUUAUUUAGAAAAUGGAGUCGAUAGACAAAUGGAAUAAAGACUUUAUUGCACUUAGGCUGCUGGAUAAGAAACUGAAUUCCAAAAGGAACGGCCGGACAGGCAAACAUCUUCAAAAUACUUUCAAGAUCCAUGGUGGUUUACAGUCAGCCAUAACACGAUCAGAAUGUGCUACUGGCUCCUGUCCAAACCUCCUCAUGAGCAGGCAGGAACAGCCAGAGCAGCGGCAGGUCGCCAUGGCGCUCUCCCCCCAGCUGCCUCCCCGUGCCAACCGGCCGCUUUGCCUCUCCGUCUCCUCUGACAGCAGCGUCUCCCUCAAGGCCCUGGAGACGCAGGAGUGGAAGAACAACUUCAAAGCCCAGAUGGAGCAGGCCCACAGUGCAGGAGCUGCCAGCAGUACUGGCUCCCUGGAGAGGGCGUCGUUGUUCUGUGCGUCAGGGUCCACCACAGCCUCCAGUUCGGGCCUCUCCAGUCCCGUGGAGCCACUCUCCCUCUCCAAGAACAAGUCCUCCAGCGCCUUCUCUCGUUUCUCUCCCCCCUGGAACAGCAGCUCAGAGUCAGACUCCAACCCUCCCUCUCGCUCCAGUUCCAAGAAAUGGCGCAACCGCAGCCGAAGGGGCAGAGCUGGGGGCGGGGCCGGGGUGGGAGUGGGCGGUGCUGGGGGCAGAGGGGAAGAGGCCACAGAACCCAAGCAGGGCGGCACGGAGCAGUUCCAGCACUCUGAGCCGGUCAUCUCCAAGGUGACGGACUGCAUCUACGUGGGGAACGUCAACGCGGCCUACAGCGGCCGCACGCUGUGCCGGAACAACAUCGACAGCGUGGUGGACAUGAGCAGCCUUCCGGGGGAGAGCAGCCUCUGCCUGGUCCCCUGCACCUGCUCCCGCCGGGCGCGGCACACCUGGUCCCGCCUGAAGGUGGACCUCGGGGACCGAGACCCCGCCCUGGAGCGGCGCAGCUUCGAGGACAUCAACGAGUGCAUCGCGGCGUCCGCCGAGAAGAGGCGGCGUGUCCUGGUGCACUGCCGCGACGGCUACUCCCUCGCCCCGACCUGCGUCAUCCAGUACCUCAUGGUCCGGCACAACAUGAGGCUCGUCGCCGCCUACGAGCUGCUCAGGGCCCGGCACCCGGUCAACAUCACCGAGAGCCACCAGAACCUGCUGAUCGGGCUGGAGAAAGCCCUGUGGCCCGCUGCCAGCGUGGACCCAGAGAGCUGCAAACAGGCCAUCUCCCGCAGAGUGGCCUGGACCUGACUGGCUCAGUGUUUAGUGUUAUAGUGCAGAUCGGUGAUCCAAAAGGGACUCUUUUAUGGUCUAAUGCCCCCCUACCCUUCAGCAUAGCAGGAGAACUGCAGGAAACUGAAGUAGGGGUGCACUCCUCAGAUGCACUCAUCUGCAAGCCUACUAUUAUUCUUCUCUCUAAAGACCACAUAGUCUCUGUUUUUAGAUUUAAUGUUUGAUAAACUGGAGUCAUCCAAAAUCAUCUGCUGAAUGCUUUACUUGCACAAUAGCAUACAUGUUUAACUAGCAGUCAGCUGGUCUGAUGGUGUUUGUAAUCAAGUUUGGCUUUUGUGGCAUCAACAGACUAUCGCUCUUCAAAGCAGCUCUUCUAGAACAUUGCUGGUUGGCCUUAUGAAUAUUUUUGAGAUUUCAUCAUUGUAGACAUUGAUAAGGUGAUACAUAACAAUAAAAUGUCCUCUAUGAGCAUAAGGUACAUUAGGACUGUCGUACGGAUGAGUUAUCACCUGUUUCUUUAACCACAGGGUUUAAAGGCCUACUAUGCAGGAUUUUUAACCUUACUGUGGUCCUGUGUUUACAAUUAUAGAUUCCUCAGUCCUCAA